UCUCUGAUAUCAACACACAUGGAAUAAAAACAAAAUCAAAAAUAACAAAAACAAACACACGCAUAACAAUUGCAACGUUGUCAGAUGUUUUUUCAAACACACACAUAACAAAAUACCACAAAAAGAACGGACAACUUGAAGAAAAGAAAAUAUUAAAUUACUAAUAACACGCAAAAAAGGGUGUAAAUUAUUAAAACAAACAACUUUAUAAUGGUCUAUUAGUUAUUAAAAUUGCAAAAAACUAAAGCUCAAAUAAAAUGAAAUCCUUUAAAUUAUGGGUGCUGGUGUUUAGUUUCAGUGUUGUGGCAUUUUACAAAACGACCCACGCAGAGUUGGUGUCCGGAGGAGGAGGAGAAAAAAAUUCAACAAUUGCAGCAGCUAAUGGUAGUGGUAAAGAAAAUAAAACUGUUAUAGAACUUAAUAAAGAUAUAACAGUUAACACCGGACUAAAUUUGGAUAAAACUUGGGCCGAACUUAAUGGCACCGAAGCCUCGAAUAUACCCAAAGUACGCAAGGUAACACCCGUGGACAAUGACAGUUUGGAAAGAAAGACAAAGGUGGAGGCUGUUAAACUGAAUGGCACUAAUGCUACAGAACAGAAAGUAAUAAGUUCAACCUUGGCUACACCAACAGCCAAAGUAACUAAAAUUUUAACAGAAGCUGGUGUGGUGGAUGUGAAAGUGCCAGAGAAAAAUGUCACGGAAAAUAAUAAUAAAGAUGAAGAAAAGGUUGUAGAAAGCAAAACUAUAUUGAAUACAACUGUAACUACACAAAGUAGUUUGAUUGGCAAAAAUGAAACAGCUACGUCUUCAAUAAAUUCCAAGAAUUCUACAGAGGUUAGCACAAAGCAAGAUAAAAAUGACAACACUAAUACAAAAGAGGCAACAAAACCCACGGCCAAGGUAAGCACUAACACAACAACAGUAAUUACCACGCCAGCAACACCCUUAGAAGCAACAAAACUUAAAAAUGAUAACAUUACCAGCACACAGGCUACUUCAACCAAUAAGCCAGUUAACAGUAGCAACAGCACUACCGCUACUACUUCAAGCACAACAACUACCACCACUACUACCACAACAACAACCACGACGACGACAACAACCACAACUACUACACCCAAGCCAAAAAAGCCCACUAUUACCUAUAGCAUUCAAGAUUUUCCCGAUUUAGAAAAAGACAAUCCAGAUUUGAAAAAUCUACUACAAACCAAUAACAAAUUACCCCUACUACCCGAUGGUCCUUAUGCUCAACCUUCACAAGAAUUCAAUAAUAAUUCCUUUCAUCGUGGACGUGAUUUCAUUUUACCCAUUGUAUCUAUGAUCUUUAUAAUACCUUUGGUUAUUGGCAUUUUAAUAACCUCCUACAGGCGUUUCCGUGAUUGUUGGUCAACACGCCAUUAUCGCCGUAUGGAUUUUUUGGUAGAUGGCAUGUACAAUGACUGACAUCGUUGUCCGCAAAGGCAACUAUUAUUGGCUCAAACAAAUAAUGAGGAUGAGGAUCAACAGCAGCAGCAGCAACGUCAUCAUCUUCAAGCAGCCAAUGUUUGUGAUGAUGAUGAAGAUGAUGAUGUUUGGAAUUUAUCGGAAAUUGCUUAGCAUUAUAAAAUUUCCUCCCACAUAAAAAAAUAAAACAUUUUUAAAAACUCUCCCUAAUAGUGUUGCUACCAAGUAAAGUGUAAAAAAGUAAAACUUUUUUCCUUUAAAAAAAAAAAAAAUUAUAAAAAAUCCUCAUUAUUUGCCUCAAACAAGGAGUGAGAUUUGUAAUAAAACACACAACUUCC